CUAGAGAGAAUGCAAGUUUUGAGACACUUCCUCAUUGGCUUCACUCUGCAGAACUGGAGGUUGUCGCCUGAUUAUUACGCUAACAAGCUAACUGUUACAUAUUAAAUGUUAGUAUGUUGACACUGUGCUAACACUAUGCUACAUUAGCAUACUUACUUUAUCCUUCAUCUUAAAGUGUACUCAGUGAACCAGCACCCAACAAAUAACAAGCACACAACAAGAAUCCAGCAUAAAGAAAUAACGCUCACUCCACCUCCUCUACUCCUGCAGGUGUCACAAUCAGACAAAGUGUCGGCCCGAUCCGUGUCCUCCAGGUUUUGAUUGUACAGUCAUUGGCGACACCAUCCACUGCGACCCGAUGCCUCAGGUGUCUCGGAACAUCGGCUAUGUGGAAAUCAUUGAGAUCAGCGCCAGCGUGCUCGGGUUGCUCUUCUUGGUCGGCGCCUUCGUUUGCAUCCGGAAACGUUACGUUCAGCAGAAAAAGAAAAAGCCCGUCUGUGUCCAGGACUCCAACGGCUACUUCCAGCCCAGUCUGACCAAGAGCCUGAAACCCAACAACCAGGAAGACGUCCCGAUAGAGAUGAGCUCCAUCAACGACCUCGACCACACGCCGUUCAGGUCACUUCGCCCUCGCAGCCAGAUCAUCUCGUCAGGAGGCGGGGUUUCCUAUGCAAAGAUGCAGGGGCCGGUGGUGUGCAGCGUUGCCCCAAACCUCCUCGACAGGCCACCGUCCAGCUCCGACAACGACUCCAUCAGGAAGAACCACUGGAACAUGGACUACGAAGUCUAUCCAGCAGACCCGGACUACUACGGCCGCCCGGUGGUCCAGGACUUCCCCCAGUUUGACAUCGUAGAGGACACCUACACCCCGUCCUCCACCACGGACUCCCGCAGGAACUCUCGAUUCGGCGGCUUCCCGUUCCCGCUGGAUCGCUGCGACCGCCGCGCCCCCCUGCCACCCUGCUACAGCAACCAGAACCUGGACGACUUCCUGGGCCCCGACGGGCUCCCUCUGCCCAGCUCCCAGUGCCCCAACGAGUACACCGCCAUCAGCUACUACCCCACCCAGCACGCCCGCAGCAUGGACAACGUGUCGGGGGGGCUACAAGAGGCUCAGCAUGCGUCUGAGCGUGGCCAUGCCGUCGUACGCAGAGCAGGCCGGCCUGCCGCCGCCAGCACCAGCACCAUUGCCGAACACUGCCCAGCCUCAAACCAGACCGCCGGGGCCGAACCCGAACCCGCGCAGCUACGAAGGCUCCAGCAUGGUGGAGAGCGAUUACGGGAGCUGUGAGGAGGUGAUGUUUUAAGACCAAGUUUAAUUUCAGAGCCUACGUCCCUUUUUUUUGCGUCCUUUUCGGUGAUUAUUCACUUUAAUUCAUCUCGGGACCUAAACAGUGCGAGUACACGCCACUGUGACUCCAUUCUAAGGCAGCUUUGUGUACAAGUACGCCUCUCAGAUGGUCUCUCACUGUUCCCGAGAUGAAAGCGCCGAGUGAAGAGUUUGGAUGUCUUUCAUUUGUGCGGCGUAGCCUCGCUGUGUCCGAUUAGACGGGAGGUUAUUCAGCACUCCUCGGAGAAAGUUCAGCAGAAGUUCAUCGCUUUGACUGAGAGACGCCCGGUAAAUUGUUAGGAGGUGUGAAACCCUGAAGAGUCUUAUGCUGACUUGACUGUUUCAAAGUCAACAUCUUUUAAGCCGACACGAGACAAUCUCAGAAGAGCAGAGGACUCUGCUUUCCAAACAUGUCCAAACAAACAACUGCCUUUUCACUUCUCAAACAUCUGUCUACAUCACGCCAGCAAACAUCCACGCCAGCUCUGACGAACAUAACAAUAAUUCUAUAUUCAGAAAGGCCUCUCUGAUGAACUACUGAUAAAGAGCUUUGAUGAGGACUGUUGCGCUUGUAUGAAAGGUAAACAGUGUUUAUCACAUUCUGCUGUGUGUUUGUGUUCAAAGCAAGAGAACACACACACAGAGAGGUUUAUGUGUCUAAUGUCGGCCCACCAUUUCCAAUCUAAAGGUAUUAAAAAGUGACACGGAGCACAUUUCAUGCAGGAUGAGCGUUGGCUUGGACUCUAUAAUCUGCUUACUGUCUGUUACAAUGAAGGAGGCUGGAUCCUCGUAAACAAGUGACAAAGUUCAUGUUAGUGGUGACGUGGAUGUAUUCUAACUUUUGAGUGUUCCUCGUGUCAAUACUGUCUCCGUUACCGUGGAUUCUGUAGAUUAUGAAUCUAAGCAUCUCCCAGGUGGAUUACAGUUUUAUUUUGCAGUGUUUCUGCCCCCCCGAUGACAAAGGGACCACUUAACGUGGGCAGUAAAGAAAUGUCUCUGCAGCCAUUUUAAAUGGUGGAAAUAUGCAAAAGCCUCAUGAAAGAAAUGUUGUUUUGGUCAAAGAGCUUGUCAAAGAAAAGCUCAAAGCAAUAUAUUUUACAAGCUGCUACUGAAAUCACUCUGUCAGUGAACUCCCAACAGUUCUCCGUCAUAAAUACAAAAGCGUAUUUAUUUCACUUGUGUUUGUGUUUUUCAGUCCAAGCAUUUUAAAGCAGUUUUGCAAUCACGGAUUUAUUUUGUUUUCUUUAAGAUCAGGUAAAGUGUUUAUCGCAACCAACAGGUAAUCUUAGCCAGGCUGUUAUAAUGGCCUAGAUAUACUCGCUAACCAACAUUUCCAUUUGAAUGAGUUUGCUAGGUCAGUGUCGUCUCCACUUUAUUCAGAUUUUUUACUUAUUUGUUAAUUGUGAAAUCUGAGAAUGUGUCAGUAGCUUAAAUGCCGUCGUUGGUAAUUGUUGUUGUUGCUGUGGUUGAAUGUACAACGUCGGUCCAUCACUGGUGGUUUAACUGUGACUUCAGAGUACAGAAAGCCCUUUAUAGUGUACAGAUAUUGUGUUGUACAUACCAUCUGUAUCUGUGUGCAGUUGUUGUAGGUUGUUGUUUGUGCAGAACUUGGCUUCACUUGAAUGUAAGUCACAUUUGUUUUCAUUCAUAAAGUUUAUUUUUUUAUCAAUGUGGGCCUCCCCCAUGUUUCUCUGUUGUUUCUCUGUGAGAGAUUUUAUUAAGAUUCCGUCUUUCUGUUUAGUUUUUUCAAUAUUGUAAAGAGAAUAUGAAUAAAGGUAUUAUCUUCUAUGAGCACCGAUUGAAGAGAUCAGACUUCUUGCUUCUGUCAAAACAGAUGAGCUUUAAAAACAAUAACACACACACACACACACACACACACACUCACACACACACCUGAGGGUUUCGUCACUGUCUGGAAAGAAAUGAAAAAACGUUAAGCCUAAUCCAGACAGGAUUAGUUUUAUCAAAGGACAUCUUGGGUUAUUUGUAUUUGCUCAUGGACAUCAGUGAUGUUAGUCGUGUGUAGACGGUAAAAUCAUUUUCAGGGUUCGUCUCAAACACGUCAACUGAGAAAUUCACAGCCUGAUCAAUCAAGUUAAGAUGACGACAACAGCAAGGAGCACUUCAAUUUGACGUCACAUCUGUGAAGAUUAUGACAGAAACGGUGCAUUUAGCCAUAUUUUGUUGAUUAUGUUCCAAUAGUUUGCGUUCUAAACGGUGACAUUAGGAGGACACUUUAUAUUACAUUUACUGUUUAGACCAUGUAUCAACGCAACGUAAUUCAGAUAGACGGGGUGGGAACAAACUACAACAGAAUGAACUAAAGUGAUGGUGUAGCAUGUACAAAAACAAGUUAUAGUAUGUUGAAAGAAGUAAUAAAAACGUCACAGUAUCGUGUGUUGAAAAAGUAACAGUAAAGUAUGUGGGGAAAGUAUCGUGUUUCAAAAGAAGUAAAAAAACGAAAGUCAACAAUAGUCUUAUAUUGAUUACUGAAUAUGUAAAAAAGAAAAAGUAAUAGUAUAGUAUGUCUACAAGUCAUAGAAAAGUCAUAAUAUACACGUAUGUAAAAAAAGUCAUAAAAAUGUCAUCGUAUCGUAUGUUGAAAACAGUCAGAGCAAAGCGGAAUAUGUGGCGUGAUGCUACAUUUGCACAAAGUAAAUGAACAGACCAUUCCAGUGUGUUUGGAGUUUUUUGCUGAUAUCUAGUUUUCUUUUGCUAAGUAUCUCAUAAUGCACAAUUACAUAAAACUGAGGAAAUGAGCUGAAGCUGCAGUGAUCGUCUGCUUCCUUGCUGACUGGAGGACAGAUGUUUGUUCAUGAGAGACAGAGAAUAAAAGAGAUAAAGGCAGGACACACACAGCCACUGCUCGUGUCUGGCAGUCUGAGAUUUUGUGAAUACUUAAGGUGUGACAGAAUGAAAGUAGCUUGUGUUUGUGUGAAACAGAGAAACACAAAGAGAGAAAUGUGGGGCUCCUGAGAUGAGGACGCGACAGUUGAUGUGUCCGUGUGUUUCAUUCCAACAGAAGAAGCUCUUAUCUGACCCCGUCAGCAACUUUCUGCCACAUCCUGACGCUCCAUGAUAAGGAGUGUGUGUUUAGAGGUACACAGCACACUGCGUUUCAAAGACCUUCCACCGCUCGAAUUCAUUGCCUGGAGGCCUGAAAUAAAUCAUCAGACUGUGAUGAUAUAUAUAUCUGCUUUUUUGGUGAACCUACUUUCCCCGAAACUACUUCUUCUUCUCCAUCAAACUUCUGCUUCAAGUUAGUGUAACUCAUGUUUUCCAAAAUUCCUUUGAGGAACACAACACCUCGUGCUCUCAAAUUACUCCGGAGCACUAAAAGGUAUUACAGGUACAAAGUGCCAAUCUAACGCCGUUAUUUUAACGGCGUUUUGGGGCUGGAAGGUUCGAUGCAAUCAGGACCCAAUGCUAAAGGUACAAGAUGGUCAAAAACAUGAGACAGACAAUUAGGUCCAUGCAGGUAUCUACUCAAACACACUUAGCCAGUUACCACGAAGCCCACACUGCCACUAACUGCACUCACUGAAGACAUGUUAUCACAUUUCAGAAAGAAGCCGACGUAAGGGCUCUAUAAUAUGUUUGAGGAUAUAUAUCCAGUAUGUCGAACGGAUUGAGCAGUGAAAACAGGUUAAACAAAGAUAAAGGUAGAAGCUAAAGCCUACAGAUCAGAAUGUUAAAGUAAUUGAGGAACACUGUUCCUGUAAAGCCAGGAAGGGGAUUAUUCACUGUAAUCAAUACAAACGUGCUUGAGGUACUCUGCUAAUGUUAGCUCCACAGGUUGUUAUGUAAAAAUGUAACAUUUUAGAGAUGAAUCUCCUUCCAACCACUUUGGGGUAACAACAUUACACAACGUUUACACACACACACACACACACACACACAAAGACUCAUAGCAAGUGUGUUAUGCCAGUUCCUGUCUUAAAACCACAGCUGUGGAGACGGCUGACCUCUCCAAGUCAGCUGUCAAUCACUCUUUUCCUCCCUGUCAUUCAUACACACACACACACACACACACACACACAACCUUGCUGGUGUCAGACAACAAAGGUGUUAUUAUUUCAGGUGAUAUUGUAUUAUAUAUUUGCCAUGACACAAUAAGAAGCAACAGAUAGCAUUCCGAGGUAAAGCAGUAAAGGGGUUUGAUUCUUAGCUACAGUCUAAUCUGAGACUAACAUUUAACCAGCUUGAGUGUUUGUAUGUCUAUUCAUUAACAACCGUUUAUGGUACAAAUGUUACCAAACAUAGAGCAUAAAAGUCAAGUUGUAAAAAACAUGUCGCGUUAGUUUUGUGUCAUUAGCCGCUCAUCCCUCUGAAUAAAUCAGAUGCAUAUUCAGAGGUGUUAGUUUUUAAUCCCCCCCCAAACCCGGAGUUAAAUCUUGACAGG